CACAUCUGCUGUGACAUGCUUUGCUUGAACAGAGCUUUCUUCCCAUCUCCUUUUGCUGGCUGGAGAUUUACAUAAUAUAUUCAAGUACAGUAAAAGGUCCAGACAUCCUGGCCAACAAACAAAACAUGCUCUGUACUUAAUCCUGCCUCAAAUUUCUCAUAACUGGUCUGUGAUUAUUCCAGUCACAAAUAACCACAGACAGCUUUGAGAUAGAAUUUUUCAUACGGUUAUGAGUUCUUCUGUAAAUAAAGCAAAUCCUCAGGAGUGAGUGUGAGGAAUGGUUGAUCCUGAAAAAUGAGGAAUGGGAGUGUGUUUUGAAGCUGGGUGAAAAAAUCCACAUGUUGCAAUUUAUUUAUUUACAUCCAUUACUCUGCACUUCUCCAAGCACUGAAACUUGACCAGAACGCAAGAACUUAUUGCAGAUCUGCAAAGUCCUGUACAGUGGGGACUGUUCUUAGUUAUUGCUAUCAGCAGCAAUAAAUGUAGUAAACAUAAACCUCUCACGACAGCCUAAUACAUUCCUCAAUUUGUGACUUCUCCAGCAACCAGAAAAUAGAUGAACUUUGCAGUGGGCCUGAAAAUGGGUUAUCAGCAAACUCUGGAUCUGCAGACUUGAGGAAAAGAUCAGGUUUCAGUGUCCACAUUCUUUGUUGAAAAUACUGCCUUCAGGAUCUCUGAAGUUUUUGGGGGACUGGGGUCAUAAUUGUUUCUGUCUUCCAUAUGAGGAACAGGACUGGCAAAAUCCAAACAAGCAGAAGUGUUAGGAGCUAAACCCAAUGUCUAGAAGCCUAUAUGAAAAUUAGCCAGCCACUCAUACAGACUUUGGAGCAUCAGUGGCACUUCAGAAACAGCUAGUCCCAGGAGAGAAACACCAGUAUCCUGUUUUGAGGUGGACACCACCAAGCAUGGCUGCAUCAGAAAAAAAUCUGUGACAGGUUUCCUGAAUCUUUCCAAAGAUUCCUUAGGAAAGCUCAUACCCUGUAUGUCUUCCAAUGGUGUUUCCCUGUUGAGCCCAGCAUUCCUAACUGUGCUUCAACAUCCCUUGAUAAAAGGGAGGUUCUGGGGUUUGGUUUUCUUCCCUCUUUCCUUAAGCACAUCCAAGCAGGGAUCUCAGUGCUAUGCCUGGAGUCCCCCAAAUAUACUGAAGUUAUGAACUACCCUCCUUGUGAACUUGGUCUGAGAUGGAAAUGUCUGUGAAUAAACGAUGUGUAUGAUUCAAUUCUCCCUCUCGUGGUCAGAUGGGGCCCUUCUCACAGUCUUCAAGCACAGACAUUAGAUGUGUCUGUUUGAUGUAACUUGCAUCUUUUGGAAGCCUCCCAUGGCCGUAGUACAAUCAGGAUUUAGUGGGGAAGUUACUGAUGGCUCUUGAAAUACAUAUAUUGACUUUUUGCCACACCAUGAGUGGACAGAUUGGAGAUGUGAACCGAACUGCAACAUUCCGUGGAAUUGUAUUAACCUCUCCUGUACACACCUCCCCUAAGUGUUUCUAAUUUGUCUCUGUUUAGGUGUUAAAGUGCUUCUGAAACAUAGCUCUGUUUAUCAUCCUGCUGGCACUCCUGUUGACUCCAGUGGGUGAUACAGUGUGAGCUCUGUUACUUUUCAAGGAUGCUGCAGUGUCGUUGACUUUGACAGGAGCACUCCUCUAAAAAAACGAGAGGAGGAUUUGCCUCUCGGUUAUAAAUCCCACUGUUUGGUAAGAAAAGUCCUGAGGAUUUUGUUCAAUGAUAUUUAAGUCUCCCCAGAAGGAGCAAAACUCUACUUAAAAAAAAAAAAAAUUACCCUGCACAAAUGUACAGGAUUAAGCAUUCCAAAAUCAAUUCUUAAUUAUUGUUUAAUUGAUUUCAGAUAUAAAAAAGAAACAGAAAAGAAGAAAAAAAAUUAAAUAUAUUCUUUGCACAGGGCUUAACAGCCAUUUUCUGUCAAUGUAGAUGUUAGAACAAUACCAAAAUUCUGUCAUGAACAAAGCCCCUGUAUACCAACAUGCUUUUUGUUCAGUUUUAUCACUGAGGAGCAGGAGUUUUACUGUAUUUGUUUUUCUGAUUUAUGUCACAAAUAUUUUCUGUCUCAUGCGUCAUUUUUAAGUGCUGUUUACACUUAUUUUCAUACACUAGCAUGGGAAAAUAAUUGCCACUCUUUAGAACUCCUGUUAAAUUCUGAAGCAAUAAAUUUAAUUGCUUAUUAUGUAUUUCUAAGUAGUUGGUUUCCUCUAAAAAUUGGCUAAAGAUUUUCCUUGCACAGAUCUUGACUUGAAGAUUGUCCUUUAGCUAGAAAAUAUUGAUUAGCUUUUGUUUGGCCCCUGUGGAGAGCACCUUAUCUCUAAGACUGGGUUUUGUUACUAUGAGGGUUGACAGAAUUCAGAUUUAACCAGGUGAAGUCUGCCAUGGUCAGUAAAAUGUUAAAGGAUCACUGUAAUAAAUUAUGAUAUUAAUCUUGUGAAUUUUUUUUAUUUAAUCAGAAAAGAGAUUUUGGGGACUUCAAGCUGACUGAAGUAAUUCAUGCUAAUUGUCUCAUCUGCUUAGUAUGCCAUUUGUCUUCUAUGAAUAUCAAUGCCUACAUUCAUUUAAUCUAAAAUAAUUAAUGCCCAAACAAUUAAUAAUGAGAGAUAGUAUCUGAAUUAAAAAGAACUUUAAAAGACUUUGAAAUAUAUUAAUAAUUUUUCAGACCAAAUGUAAAUACUGCAUUACACCUCAAAUUAUAUUAUCAGAAAAAUUAUGUGAACAACCAAUACAAUAUCACAUGCAUCUUUUUGCUAUGCAUGUGAAUAUUAUUACUGUAUUAGCAAGUGUACUGUGGCAGGUCAGGGAUCGGAUUUCUGAGCCCUAGUUCAGGCCUUGUGCAAGCUGAGUGCCCGGGUCCUGUCGGCAGCAGAGCAGCCCAGGCUGUUUCAGAGGCGUGCGUGGCUGCCUCGCUGAUGUCAGCAGGGAGAUAGGUGCCUUUGAAGAGUGAUUCAGCAGCUCUCCGUGCUGACUAAUCACUGGAUUUAGCCACUAGCAAAUGCAGGAUACACGAUGAUGUCUGAGCUCCUGCCUUUUAGGGCUGGCAUACGGCUCUGACUCAGGGUUGUAUCUGCCCACUAAUGAUCUGGUGCCUACAGCCCUCUUCUGAUCUGAGGUAUCUGAGCCCAUCUUGUCUCCUUGAAGGCAGCAAAACCUUCAGAAAGCGUGGCUGCCAUACUAGCACUUUGUGGCUUUACUGUAAUAACCUGGUGGCAGAGAAAGCAUGACUUUGGGACUCUCAGUACCCUGAGAGGACAGAGGCUGCUACUCUUGCCAGCAAGAGGGUAUCCUGGAGGAACCAGUCUCUAUGAACCUGCCUGAAGAUGAGCUACAACACAACCAAAAAUGCAGCAGUCGCAGCACCAGAAUCACUAUGAGCAAGACCGGAGUGCGCUUAAGCGGAAGGAAUGGGAGAGAAGAAACCAGGAAGUCCAGCAAGAUGAAGAUCUCUUUGCUUCAGGUUUUAACCUCUUUGGGGAACCCUAUAAGACGAAUAAAGGCGACGCCCUUGCAAACCGUGUCCAGAACACAUUGGGAAAUUAUGAUGAGAUGAAGGACCUGUUAACCAACCACUCCAACCAGAGCCACCUUGUAGGAAUCCCAAAGAAUUCUGUCCCACAGACACCCAUUGACAAAAAUGAACAGAACUUUUUCCCAGAACCGAGGAACAGGAUGAUCCCAUCUCAUCAGAUCAGUGGCAACUCAUCAACAUCAAUGCCUCCACCUUCUUCAUUGUCAUCUAAUUCUGCUUUGCUGCACAACCACCAGAGCAGCAGGAAGUCGAGGACAGACUGGUCACGCAGUGGUCACAACUCCAGUGGGGCCCAGCCAAGCCAACCCAGUGGUCAGCAGAGUCGGACAAAGCACAGCUCUUCUCAUGACCAGUCACAGGGCAGGUAUGAAGAUCUCUAUAAUUGCCAGAGUGAGCAGCAUAAAAGUGGGGGAACUGAGGAAGCAAAUGCUAUGGCAACAUCUUCACAUUCGAGGAGGCACACUCAUGCAAAGUCAGCACCUGGAGAACACACUUACAAAGAAAACAGUCAUUCGAAGUCACCCACAGAGCUCGAGUUUGUAGGCCAUGGUCCUGGAUCUCCACUUCCUUCCACUUCUUUGUUAACUGCAAACAAUGGUCUUUCCACUCAGAAUUUCCCACCAGGACUUCACUGUAAGAACAGCAUGGUCCAGCAGAAGCCUACAGCUUAUGUCAGGCCUAUGGAUGGUCAGGACCAGGUACCCAAUGACUCACCUGAACUGAAACCCCCAAUAGAAAUUGAGAGUGGAUAUGGAAAUCAGUCCUUUGGAGCACUGCUGGAAGGAAAAGUGAACACACCUAGUUCGAAGAACAAAGUACCAAAGCUCAACAUUCCUCCUGUUAGUGAAGUUGCCCUUCCCAAUGACUCCAGCUGUGUGGAAGAAAUACUGCGGGAGAUGACCCAUUCCUGGCCUCCUCCUCUCACUGCUAUUCACACUCCGGGCAAGGCUGAGCAGACCAAGUUUUCUAUCCCAAGCAAGGACUCCCAACAUCUGACCUCAGGAUACAAUGUACAAAAGUGGAGUGAUCCAGCAGGGAAAGUUGCAACUAAGUCAGUGCCACAAAAGUCAAUGCUUGAGGAUGAUCUAAAACUCAGCAGUGAUGAAGAUGAUAAUGAACAGGCUGCCGAAAAGACAAAAUUGAGAAACAUUCCUGUAAACAGCCUGCCAGUGCCAGUGGCACACGCUGCUGGCUUGGCCCAUUCCAGCGGCGGCUCCGGCAGCUCCAGCGAGUCCGAGAGCAGCUCCGAGUCCGACUCCGACAGCGAGAGCAGCUCCAGUGACAGCGAGUGCAACGAGGAGUCACGCAGUGCCACGCCAGAGCCUGAACCCCCCUCAACAAACAAAUGGCAGCUGGAUAAAUGGCUGAAUAAGGUGAACCCCCACAACAAGACCAUCAUCAACAAUCAAAAUGAGCCUCACAGUGAGAGCAGCUCCCAGGCCCAGAGCAACCAGCAGGCCGAAGGGCCAAACAAAGGGAAGCUCAGCAGCAGCCUGCCCCCGACCGAUUCCAAAGACCGGGCGAUCCUUAGUCCCAUCAGAGAGAAAGCCAAACCACGGGUUGCCCAGAAAACCCCAGAGGCAAAAAGCUCCAAGCAGAAGUCACCAGCUCAUAAUGAGCCAACUUCACAAAGGACUACUGGGAAAAAGCAACCCAAAAAGGUAGAAAGGACUUCCAGUGUAGAAGAGUAUAACUGGCCCAAACCAAAUAAUACCAGCAACACUCCCAAAGAAAAAGAUACACAGGAACCCCCCGAGCAGCCAAAGGUUCGAACUAAAGCAGCAGUUGGGAAGACAGCUCCAAGGAAAGAACCACGAACUAGCACAGGUCUCACUUCAGAGAAGAAAAAGUACAGAGGCCCCAGCAAAAUUGUCCCAAAGUCCCGGGAGUUCAUUGAAACUGAUUCAUCUACUUCUGAUUCAAACACAGACCAGGAGGAGAGCUUGCAGACGAAGGUGCUGCCAGCCUGCACUGGGUCUGGCAGUGGUGUCAAAGUGAAGGACUCUGGCAGUAACAUCCUCAGCGUAAGUAGCCUAACCAGCAAUGGCAGCAACACAUCCAUUGACCAGACCAGCAAUGACCUGGAGGAGCAGCUCUUUUCUCCUAUCCCAAUCGUACAAAAUGAACUUCUGUCCCCACUGAGAGAAUAUGAAGAACUCAAAUCUCUGUGGGUGAAAAUAGACCUUAGUUUACUCUCUAGGAUACCUGGACAGGAAACUUUUGAGACCACGUCUGUGAAAAGUGAACCAAGAGAGGCAAAUGUGAAACACAGGCGACCAUCUCGAGAGUCUCCUACCCCAGCAGCUGAAAAACCCUCCACAAAAUCCAAAAGGAAACACAAGCAGACGGAAAGCCUGGACACCUUUGUGGAAAGCAAGAAGCAGCGCCUGGAGGACCCUCCAGCUUCCUGUCUGCUCCCACCCUGUAUCUCUCCAAUUCCAAACCACAGAAUAACCAGCACUAAAGAGAGCAGCAGUAGCACAGUGAAGAAGGUGACAAAGAAAAGAGAAGAGAAGCUGUUCCCUCCUCCCUUGUCCCCACUCUUGGACGACCCUGUGCACCGGCGGCACAGCAGUGACAACAGCUCCUUCAGCCAGGAGCCCACUGUCACAAACACCUCACAGACCAGCAGCUCUUCCUCCUCUGUUUCUAAACACAGAAAGAAUGAAAAUAAAUCUUCUUCUAACCCCAAAGGAAUAUGUGAGGAAGAAUCUCACAGUACACCCACAGCCAACACUCUUCUUGACACCAGCCAUCUAGAACCAGACAUCUGGUCUGCAAUGCCAACGCUUUCCAAUGGGAAUUCUGAGCCCAGAAGACCCAAAAUAACAUUUGAUGAUGUGCUGCACAAUGCAGAUUAUUACAUGCAAGAGGCUAAGAAGCUGAAGCAUAAAGCAGAUGCACUGCUGGAGAAGUUCGGUAAAGCAGUGAAUUAUGCUGAUGCUGCCCUCUCCUUCAUCGAGUGCGGGAACGCUAUGGAGCGAGAUCCAUUAGAAGCUAAAUCUCCAUACACCAUGUACUCAGAGACUGUGGAACUCAUCAGGUAUGCAAUGAGACUCAAGAAUUUCACAGGCUCUUCUGCCACAGAAGGGGACAAGAAAUUAGCAGUUUUAUGCUACCGAUGCUUAUCACUUCUCUACUUGAGAAUGUUUAAACUAAAGAAGGACCAUGCUAUGAAGUACUCCAGAUCUCUGAUGGAAUAUUUUAAGGGUUUUACAAGGUGCUACACAGACGUGAAAGGCAGAAUGAGUAAGCAGAACUCUUCAAAAGCCUCACAGGCCCCCUCACCUUGGGGCGGCAAUGGAAAGAGCACAGAAACCCCCUCGCCCAUGUCCCUGAGCCCAUCCCCUGUCAGCUCUGCUGGAAGCAGCUUGGGCACCGCGGGCUCGUCCUCGGCGGGGACCAUCACCAUCCCCCAGCGCAUCCACCACAUGGCUGCCAGCCACGUCAACAUCACCAACAACGUCCUGCGCAGCUACGAGCACUGGGACAUGGCUGACAAGCUGACCAAGGAGAACAAAGAGUUCUUUGCAGAGCUGGACUCAGUGAUGGGACCCUUAACACAACACAGCAGUAUGACCAAUCUGGUUCGUUACGUUCGCCAGGGACUCCACUGGCUCCGCAUUGAGGCUCAUUUGUUGUAGUGACUGCUGCCCUGCUCAUGACAUCCCCAUUCUUCUACCUCUACCAGCGCAGAGACGAUCACUGGUGGAACUCCACUCAUUUUUGGAAGUUUAUUCAUGUAACUUCAUUUUUAUUGCCUUUUUUAAUAUCCUAUCUAUUGGAAGUAGAAGUCACCAUAAAUGAAACUUAUGACUCAAGAGCAGUAUGUGUUGUACCAUCUAAUCAUCUUUGACAAUUUUCUAUGCCUUGUGUCUCCUGGAUCCUGCCAUCCUUAUGUGCUUUAUGGAACGGUACAUUCCCUGCAGUGUUGUUUUAAGUCCAUGCUGCCUUCAAGUGAAAACAAAAAAAGCACUUUGAGAAGAUAUGGAUUCCUGAGAAAUAGUACAAAGCGUCUUAAAAAUUUGAGGGUAUAUAUGAGAAGUCCCUUCUGAAAUAAAUUAGUAGAAGUUAUAGCUAUUCAUUCAAAAUCAUCUUCUGAACCUGAACCAAGCUUUUCGACGCUUAAUUCUGGCAUCAUUACCUGACUCAGUACAUUCCUAAGAUUUCAUACUCCCUAUGGGUUUAAUCUCUAAAAGAGAAUGUUGAAUAUCUUACAGGUACAUAAUGUAAGAUCACCAAAGGUGUUAAGAGGUAAAAAGUUGAAGGAAUGCCUCAUUAAAGAAUGAUGACACACUAUGCAAUGAGGUUUUGAUAUUCCAUUCUUCCUGUUUAUUGUUGGCUUAAUAAUUUCAGUAGGCAGCAGAAUUUAUUGCAAUUUUUAGGCAGUUUCAAAAUAUUAGCUUUCUUAGCCUUAUCUACCAUUCCUGUACUAAAUCUGUGAAUUUUCUUUCUGUUUUACUGUUUAGUCUCAAACAAAUACUUAUCCAAGAUUUUUCUUCAUAGAACGAUCUCUCCUUGCAUAGUGACUCACUGAAAGCAGAUUUUAACAGGACUGCUGCACUCUAAGCAUUGAUAUUGUAUGUAGAAGUCCAUUAAUAAGUGUAUGCAGAUUCUUCAUGAACUAUCUAGAAGUUUAACUAACCAGCUACUGUUGAAACAUUAUAAUUCCAUGUGGCAUCAAUUUUCACCUGUUUUGUUCAUUUCAGAGCAUUAGAAACAAACAGUAUUAUCUUGCUGUCUUGAAAACAUUGUCAAAUUAAAUAAAAUCACCAGAUUUACCCAAAAGCAAUAUAACAUUUGUUUAAUAAUGGCCACGAAUACUUCAGUCAGAUUACCUUUUUUCCAAGCUCUGCAUCUGUUUACCCAUGCUGUCAUGUUUUGGACCAUUCCUCUAAUGCGUGAAUAAUAAUGAGACAAUUCAGAUAGAAUUUCAAAGCAAUUGUGAAUAAAUUGCACCAUUUCACUUUUGCUCUUUCCUCUUAUUUUUUUUUCCCUGUUAUAAACUGCACUGCUCUUCUGAUGCCAUUGCAAGAAGCACUGGUGCAUGAAACAAAACAAAAUGAAUUUAUAUCAAUAAUUCACAAGACUUUAAAUGGUCUCAUCUCAUUCUUGAUAUAACGCCUGCAUACCUUACUGAACUGUAAAUUCCAUUUCUAUAAACAGAAAAUGCUCAUAGCAAUGUAAAUAUUAUUCUGUCUCAUCUCAUUGAAAUAAUACAAUAUGUGUAUUAAAUGCCAUCCAGAUAUUAGUUAAUUGCAAUUACCUUCUGCUAUAUAAACCUGUAUAUUCUUUAAUCUGGUGAGCUAUUGGAUUCUACUCACUGGGUUGUGACCAGAUAAAUAGGACAAAUUUGCAUUUAAAAGGUUCAGACUGUUAAGAUUUUUAGAUCAGGCCUUGGAUAUUUGCAAUAAGAGCAGUUUAAGGACUCUGCCCAGUGCACAUUUAAGACAAACAUUUCAGUAGCUGUUGCAUAUUAGCUCCCUGUAGUACUACCUUUUCUUAAAAAAUCAAUUAUUCCUGACAUUUUGAUCCACAAAACUGUAUUGUAAACAUAGCCAAUGUGCAUCAUUAGAGAAAUCAUCCAGUGUAGGGUUUCUGCAAAGGACGUUUGCAGAACAUGCCCAUCCUGUAUUAUCUGCACAUUCCUGUUCCUGAAGUGGUUGAUUUACCCUUAUCUGUUCUCUGAGGGUUUCAGUAACACGGCUGAAACCUGAAUCUGACACAUUGGUCACGCCAACUCUGGCCCCAGUAGCUAAUGAAUAAAGCCACAGCAGUGAGAACUAUUCAGAAAUGUAGAUGAAUGGUGGUGAUUGGGGUUUUUUUAAAGAGAAAGAAAAUGAAACAUUUGAAAUAAUUUUUUAACAGGUUGGGUACUUGAGAUGAGCUAAGGUUGGGCUGAUUUUGUCAUAAGCCAGAGUUUUCCAUUCUUUUUGCAAAUAACUAUUCAGUCUAAUUAAGAGCAUUGUCAUCACUUGCUCCUUUAAUGUAGAUUGAAAUCCAAGACUUCCAUGCAUUUACAAGGGAUAGCAGCAUCUUGAAAGACAGUCUUCAGACACAGGACUCUUCAGAGUUUGCUGCAGUCACUCAGUGAUCACCAUAUAUUAUCUUUUCCCUGUUGCUUGUGGUAAACAGGCUCCUAUCUCUAAAUUUACCCCAUGUUCACAAUCUUUUGCUUAAACAGCUUAAGGAAUUAGCCCUCCUGAUUUUGCAUCCUGUGACUUAGGUUGAAAUGUAUGCUGAAUCAAUGGUAUGAUGAUAAUAAGUCCAGCAGUCAAGUCUAGGAUCACAAGCCAACUUACUAUUUAGCAGUCUUGUUUCAAAAGCGGCUUAGAAACAAAUUAAAUAUGGAGAGUAAAUUACUGUCUUAUCCCUGGGGAUGAUGCUUCUUUUGGGUUAGUUAUUAAGGAUUAUUGCACUUUUACAGGCACUAUAUUCAUCUCAUUUCAAUUGCCAACAUGUCAUCUUUGUGGAAUCAUUUUACCCCUUAAAAUAUUACUUCCAGCAGAGCUAAUCAAAUAAGAUUGUUUGUUUGUUUCAAUCCAUGGGGAAGCAGUAUGUCUGUGCUUGGGCAUUUGCAAUGUCUGCACUUAAAACUGCCCAAAUUAAGCUUUCAGACUCGUGAACCAAGCACCAAAAAUUACAAAAUUGGCUUAAAAUUGUGGUUUGGUUUUGUUGUUUUUUUUAAAUAAACUCUUUGGUUCCUGUAUUGCCUUCUGGAUGGUGAGCUUUGGGACUGGUUUCAUGACACAUUUUCAGGCAUUUUACAAGCAUGCCAAGGGCUGGAACUGACACAUUUCUUUUUAAUAGUGAUAAACUGGAACAGUGAUGUAAUCUCUUGACUUCUGUAGCUGGAUUUAAGAAGGACACCAAGCUUUGUAGAACACUGCCAAAACUGACAAGACUGUCAUUUGUGACCCCUGCCUGAGAAGGUUUGCGGCAAUAUCAAGAGUUCAGCAGUGAAGGGAGCAGGCCUGUAAAGGGCUAAACUCAGGCAUUUGGGGUGCAAGACCCAAGGGCAGCAAAGUCCUAAAUGCUCAAGAGAGGUAUUUACAUAGCACUUAACCUCCACUUCAAGGGCUGCAGCAGGUCUUAAGUAUUUGACAAUGUGCAGGCAGAAUAUCCAGCUCCAAAUGCAGUGAACAUCUCCAGCCAUGUGACGUGUGUUGGGUGCUCGAGAGCUGGGAGCUGAGGGAAAGCCUUUUUGUGAUGGUGUUGGUGGCAACUUUCCCAGCUUGCAUCUGAAUUUCACUUUUUCUUAGAUGUUCUUUGGACUUUCAAUUAUUUCAAUAGUCUCUCUGUGAACAGAUUGCCUCAUUUAUAAAUUAUCUCCUUUGAAAAGUAGAGACAGGUCUGUUGAUAGUUAUGUGGGGGAUUUUAAAAAGUAGGAUUGGAGAUCUUCAUUCCUUCUUAAGAAACAAAAUAAGCCAAUUGAAUCUGGAAUUUAAUUUCCAUGCUUUUUUAAAUAUCACAGAUUUUAUUAUGUUCUUCUGUUAUGACAGUUUAGAUUCACUGAUGUUUUCAGGUACUUUGGAAAAACUGUUUCAGUGAGGUUUUAUCAGCAUUUAAUGCUGUCUAAAUCCAAUUAUUAAUUUUGUGAGUGUAAAUUAACAGAUAACAAAAAUUGGGCUGGUAGGGAUUCUGACUUAAGUAUUAACACACUUCAUUACUUGGAGUUCAGGAGAAGCUCCAUGCAGCAUUGAAGCAAGCCCAUGAGUGUGAGUGUGUGUACACAUCUGCGUGGAUUUAUGUGAGGAUUUGCAGCAGAAAGUUCCUGCUCAUUACUUCAUAGCACAGGAGAAAAGAUGCGGUAGCUGUAAACAGAAAACACUCCUGCCACUUCUAGUGGUAGUGGCAUUAAUUCAAGUAUUCCUCUGUAGUUUGUGCAUAGUCCUGUUUGCAUCUAGUGCCUCUUGCAGACAAUGGGGGUGUGGCAGGACGUAGCAACAACUCUGUCAUUUUAGUCCUGUGGUCCCUCAAGACAGUGUGAGAAUGAAUGUGCUGUGUCAGUGUGCUGUUUUUCGGGUUAACUCAUUUGCCAUAGACCAGCGUCUUGAAGUUUUAAGAAAGACAAAAUAUUUAACAAGACACCAAAGAAAAUAAAGUUGCCAUUCUGAGGCAAGCGCAGAAGUGUCACAACUGUAGGCAGGCUGCAGACCAAGGGCUCUUUGCAAAGGGCCUUUGCCUCUCAGCAUCUUCCUGACCUCACCUGAAUACACUGGGAGUGAGGCAAAGGGGAUGAAGGUGGAAAACUAAUCUAUUUGUCCUUAUGACAUCUUCCAGCUUUACUUUACAUGCUACUUUAUAAAUGCAAAUAAAACAAGUCUUAAUGCUGGGAGAGCUCAAUUCCUCAGUUUCCAACAAUCCUCCUGAACUUCCAUGAUAUAACCAGGGCACACUAAUGCAUAUAGCCAUUCUCUGUUGUCUAACGAGAUGAGUCUAAAUAGGGGCAUAUUUUGGUUAUGUCACUUGAUAUUUAGCCUAAAUGUAUAGGCUAAAAGCUAUUAGGAUCUCCUUCAUUACUGAAACCUCUCUGUCACUGAAUGCAAAAUGUUCCUGCCUGACUUAGAGAGUAGUCAUCUGCUCCCCAGUACCCUUGUCAGCCCUGCCUUUCUGAUGGACUUCACAGCUUUCCUUAAGCUGUUUUGUUUCAGAGAUGUUUUGUCUUCCAAGAGCAGGGAUUCUGAUCAUCUCACACUACUUUAAACCUCAUGUGGUGGCUGCUGAAGCCAGGAUAGAUUGUGUUCAGAUCUUGUGUUGAACUCGGGGGAGCCUGUGGCUCUAUAGAGAGAUGAGAGCAAAUUCAGGUGCAGAUGAGUUAGUGCAUAAAACUGGUGUCACAUGAGAAUCAAACCUGGCCUCAUCAGGAGGCACAGCAGCAGAAGUACUGUGAUGAAAAGCUGUUCCCAGAAUCACAGGGUGUGUAGUGACAUGUCAGGCAGCUCACUGGCACUGUAAUGAUAUUAGGCAAUGGUAAAGAUGUCAAGAGUGGUUUAAAGAAAGUGGGGCAAGCUGCUGUGCCCUGGCACUGUGAAUUUAAGCUGAGUGUGCUUCUUGGUAAAGGGGACUUAUUACUGUUGAUGUGUCCUGCAAAAUAAUACCUAUACCAUGGUAUCCUGUGAAAUCAGAAUACAGCACCACUGCUUCCAAUUCUUCAGUGCACCUCAGAGUGCCACCUCAUGUCACAGAGAGGUAAUUCUGGUCACUACCCUGAAGUCACCAUCCAGUUAAACCAUUAUUUUUUACUUUAUUUUUACAACAGAAGCAAGGACCAAACCCAAAGGCCCAGCAGCCACCUUAGGCAGCAUUGUGUGACCUGAUGUUGCCUCCCACAGGCUGUGGAGCCACACAGAGCUCCUGAGCCCUCAGCCUGCUCUGGGUGUUGGACUGCUACAGGUCUGUGUGAUGUGGAUCCCCACAUAGCCCUGUCCACUGCACUGGGGAGCAGUGCUGUGCCCAGGAGGGACCCCAGCCCCACUGCCUGGGUGAGCAGAGCUGUGGCUCUGCAGUGCUUUCAGCUCCUGGUUCUGUGCAGCUGCAGCUGGACUGGGAUUUGAGCACUCACUCAUACUUGCACUGUCUGGAAAAGCCAAUCAAGCUGACAGAAGCCAUGCACACGGUGACAGAGCAGAACUCAGUCAAUACCCACUGCACACAGAAUUGGAAUUUAAACCAUGGUGUCCACAGGACCACUCAUGUUUACAGGACUGCAGCUGAGUCCCACUGAUGCCAGUCUAAAAAGUUAUGUGAGUGGACAAUGCAGCUGUUUGAGACUUGUUUUCUCCUUGAUUUUAACUGAGUUCCUCUAUCUGCAAGUCCCAUAAGCCCUCUGUGCUAGAUGUAAGUUUAUUCACAGCUGUGUGAGUGUCACCCUUUUGUACCACAUUGAAAGACCCUUCAUGUAUAGAUAGCCCUAAUUUCCACUCAGUUAUUUUCUUCUCAGAAUUCAAAGGAAGGUCAGAUUCUGAGGUGAAUUUAAUUGUUUAAUUGAACAACAGUAACUACAGUGGACCAAAAUUUGAGUUAAGCAAAUGUAGAAUAACUUGGCUCAACUGGUGAAAUUCAUGGGACCAAAUUCUGCUGUCAUGUGGCAUUAGUGCAAGUCUUACAGAGCUUGCUGAAUACUGUUUAUCAAAGGAGAAGCUGGGUAACAAAAAUGGCAUAGCCUUACUGGAGUUGUGUGUAUUUGGCCAAAACUUGAGUUGCAUUAACUCAAGUAAUUAAUGUAAUCCCAUCCAUUUUUGUUCUGACUGGGCACUCAUCUCAGUGAAAGUAGUUCAGGGUCUGUGUACUAGAGCUGGAAUAACUGCAAGCAUAUUUGCUCUUCAACCAGACCAUGUGUUGACUCAGCUCUGGCUCAGGGAAGCCACCACUGACUUCAUGACAAGUAACAACGUUGUGGACACAGAGAAGCUUUUACCCACUGGCAGGAGACAUUUACCCUUGAAUUUAUGAAAUAACUGAGUAGUGGAUAGCAACACAAAUGUUUUGUGUAUAACAGAGGUAGAGUACAAGUUCUUUAGCUGCUGUAAACUGGUAAAGGAGUACUGAUUUCAGUGGAGUUAAUCCAAUAUGCACACACCAAGGAGCAAACCCUCUCAUCCCAGACUAAUUUUUGCCAGUAUAUCUCUAUGCAGAUAAACUCCCAAAGCUUUUAUCAUCAUGCCUUUUUACUGAUCAUGCCAUUGAAAUGAUGAACAUACCAUAAUCCUUGCCUGUGAGGAAAUAUUGUACAUUGCAAAGCUAUGCAGUGUACAGCACAUCAUAAAACUGCUUUAGACCACACAGUCUGGAGAUGCAUCUUCAGAAAUGAGAUGAGCAGAGCAUCUUUUGAUCUGAUGGCGAUUACACCUCACUCUGCACUUCCACAGCUGAGUUUUUCAUACAGACUGAAUGAUGGCUGCAUGCUUCUGAUGGCUGUGGGCCAAAGCCUCAGCUGAUGUGCCUCUAAGUAGCUCUGUGGAUGUCAGUGCUGAUUUACACCAGCCAAAAAACCAGUCCUCUCCCUUUUCAUACUGUGCUGCAUGCCCUAAUGCAGCGUUAGAAAUGCACACUGAGGCUAAGCCUAUAUUGAACUAUUCUGAUUCAGUACCAGAUAAUCCCUGCUAAAAAAAUUGGAGGGUAAUUUCUGCUUGCCAUCUAAGCUUGCAUAUGUUUUGGUUUUAACUAAAGGCAUGUUGCAAUUUCAUUACCUCCCAGUUUAAAUAUUUACUGGCAUCAGCAUUAGCUUGCAUAGAAAAAUGGCAAAUAAAUUCAAACAUGUCAUAAAUGCUCUCAGUCUAGAGAUGGAAUCUGUUACUUUAGUUCAAAGACAUUGCAGCAGGCUAAAGUGGUUAUUCUAAGCCAAUUGGGUUCUGUACAUUUAGAAGUCAUGGCAAAUAUUUAUCUGGGCCCAAUUAUGCUGUUCUUCCCCUGAGCAUCCUCGUGAGCAGGUUGCUCCACUGAAGUCCACAGAAGUAACUGUGUGAAUUGGUGCUCAGCACACAGAUUGCAAAAGCAGGCACUGAAUAUGUUAGGUUGCUGCAAUCAGGGGUUUCAUUUUAGCCAUAUGUAUCAUUUGAGGACACUUAAAAAUUAUGUACAUUUUAUCCAAGCUGACAGUCCUUGUAUUUCCAUAAAAUAUUGUAUAACUUAUUCCUGUCUGUAUUUUUGACAUCUCUGGAUUGCAUAUCUUCUACUGAAUCUUAAAUGCUGUGUUUUUUUUAAACCCACAUUCAAAAGGUCUAGGACAUACCAUCACAGAAUAUAAAAACAAGUCAAAGAUCUGGUGAUGUUUUUGCUUUGGUUUUGAGCUCUCCUUUGGUUUGCGUUUUGGCUUGGCUGUGGUACUCCCAGCAUUUUUGGAAUGGCUCAACUCAAUUCAAGUUUCUUCCUGUCUUUUAGGGAAAAAAAACCAAAAUAUGACUAAGGUUAAGGAAAAGCAAUCCCAGCAACUUGGUGGCUGUUUGCUCUUUCUAGCUGUCCUGAUUUUUUAACCCUGCCAUGUUGGGAGUAGUCUAGUCUGUGGGUUCUCUCACCCACCACUUCUGGCUGUUGUGGCAAAUACUAUUUUUUUGCUUUUUUUUUUUCUUUUGUGUGUGUGUGUGUGCGUGCGCAUGUAUAAUUAACCAAAAUAUCAGGAAAAUUUAUAUAUGCUUUCUUCUGGUUCCUGGAAAUAGAGCAACAUUGUGACCUUAUGGUCUUCCAGCAAAAGUCAGAUUUAAUUUCUGCAUUGCAGUGCAACUUAAUUAGCUAUUGGAAUUAGAUUAUGGUUUACUAAAUGGCCUUUUACCUUACGUUCUUCUGUUCUUACUUUUUAUUUACUAUUGAAGUAGCCUCUUCUUUUUCUCAUGUGUGCAAGUAUCAUAUCAAUAAUCAUUGCAAUUCCACAACGUGUCUUUGUUCUGAACAAGCAUGUUAUUCUUGUAAAGUUUUAAGUAUAAGUUAAGAUGUUUUGUACAGACCAAGGUAACUGUUAAACUGUCAAGCAAUUACUGAAAUGUUGUAUAGUUAUAAAAGUUUGAUUUCUUUUGCUUUAUAUGUAUAAAAUUGUAUCUUGCCUGUUUUGCUUUGUAUUUCCAACGUGUUGCACAAUUAUGCAUUUUGUUUACAUUUGUUCCUUCUUCAGAAAAAAAAAAAAGAAAUAACAGUAAUACUUUAUGUACAAACAUUUUAAAUGUACUUUUGUUGUUUUUAAACACAAUGUCUCUGUAUAAAUAAUAUUGGUUGAACUGGUACAUUCGUGUCUCUCAUAGAGGGAUUAAUUAUACUGCCAGUGCAUUGAAUUAUUUAAAAAAAAAAAGUAAAAUAAAAUUUUUAUGAAAAUGUAA